AUGCCACUGUCCUUCCUCAGCUGUCCGUCCUGGCUGUCUGUUUACUUGUUCUGCACUGCAGGUUUCUUGAGCACAGAAUUGAAGAUGACAUUAGGGAUACAGGUGACGUCGACCAGCCCGCAGACCCUCCAGAAGGCUGAGGGAGAGAGUGUGACUUUGGGCUGCAGAUACACACUGAGCCCUUUCGACACCGGAGAACUGGACAUCGAAUGGUCUGUGGUCAGUCCAGACACUAUGCAGAAAGAUCAGAUGCUCAUUUCCUACACCAGCGGCACUAAAUACCUUCAUAGUGACAAAGCUCUUGCAAAAGGCCUUCACUUUGCGGCUCCUGACCCGUCAAUGGGUGACGCUUCGCUCUCAAUAUCUGUACUGUCUUCUGCUCACAGUGCCACCUACCAGUGUAAAGUGAGGAAGUCACCUGGAGUGGACAUGCGCAAGGUGUCACUAGUAGUCAUGGCCAAGCCGUCUGUGCCUAAAUGCUGGGCAGAGGGACGGGAGCUGGUCGGGGAAGCUGUGUCUCUGCACUGCAAGUCUGCGAAAGGCUCCACUCCCUUAAAAUACUGGUGGAGGAGGGAAAGUGGAGGCCCCAUCCCCGCUGCUGUCUCACAGAACAGCGUAACAGGGGAACUGAAAAUCAGCAACCACUCGCAGAGCUUUGCAGGAAUCUACCUUUGUGCGGCGAACAAUGCUGUUGGAGCUGAACACUGCAGGAUCAACUUGAAAGCGAGCAAACCUCCAAACAGAGCAGCGGUGAUAGUCGGCACCGUCGUGGGUUCUCUGCUUCUCAUCUUCAUCCUGCUGGUCUUCAUUGUGCUGUUAUUCUGGAAGUUGAGCAGCAGACAUCGCCAUGAAAAGGAGUUUUCCAAUGAGAUCAGGGAGGACGUUCCGCCUCCUGAAAACCGCCCUGUGAGUCGCCACACGAGCCGGAGCACCAUUCGACAGCCACAGGUUUCUUACUGUCAGGUUGGAGGCAGCGAGGUGAGCUCUUUCAAUGAAGGGUGCACACAUACUCCCUCAAACAACAGCCACGGACACACACCGGUCAAAUACACACCAGUGGAAUAUGACGGCAGGGAUGAAUAUGCAGUCUAA